AUGGCAACCCAACUCGUCCCACUCCCAGAAGUGGAGCGCCUCAGUGCCUCAGUCGUGAGGAUACUAGCCGGUAAUCCGGGGAAGUUCACACUACAAGGCACAAACACAUACUUAAUCGGCCGAGGCCCUCAGCGAAUCCUAAUCGACACUGGCGAGGGCAAGCCGUCCUGGGCAGCAAAUCUCAAGGCGGUGCUCACAGAAGAAAACGCAACGGUGCACCAGGCGCUCCUGACACACUGGCACCAUGACCAUGUCAACGGGCUUCCGGAUUUGCUGAAGCUGUGUCCCCAGGCACAGAUCUUUAAACACCAACCUGGCUCCGAUCAGACGGAUAUCCAGGAGGGUCAGGUGUUCUCCGUUGAAGGUGCUACUUUGACUGCAUUCCACACGCCAGGACAUACGGUGGAUCAUAUGGUGUUUAUGCUUGAAGAGGAAGGUGCGAUGUUUACGGGUGAUAACGUCCUCGGCCACGGCACAGCCGUCUUCGAAAGCCUCAAAACCUACCUCAGCAGCCUCCACCGCAUGCGCGACCGCGUCUCCUCCGGUCGGGGCUAUCCCGGACACGGGGCGGUUCUCGAGAACACCGGGGCGCGAAUCACCGAGUACAUCCAGCACCGACAACAGCGCGAAGACGAAGUUCUGCGCGUACUGCGAUAUGGCAAGCUGGACGUGGCGGAAGGGGAAUCCUCACCGGAGCGCAAGCUAGAGUGGACGCCUAUUGAGUUGGUCAAGCGGAUUUACCGCGAUGUUCCCGAGUCGUUGCAUUUACCUGCUUCGCAUGGUGUGGUGCAGGUACUGAUGAAGCUUGAGGAUGAGGGGAGGACGAUACAUGAUUCUGAUAGUGGGAAGUGGAGAUUGAGUGAGAAGCCUGCAUUGUGA